UCUUUCCAAAAUGCGGCCCUCUUUUCUGAUUCACGAUUUCAAUACAAAAGCGGAAAGGCAAAGCAAUAAAAACUCCACCCUACAUAAGCGAAUUUUCAUUCCGUUCAUCUCAAUUUCUCAUUUCUCAAUCGUCGUUAUCUCUCCCUCUCUCUCUCUCUCUCUGUCUCUCAUCAAUACACACUCACGCCUCACGCGCGAUUCUUUGAAUUUAGGUUGUCUAGUAUUGGUGAAUUGUCGUGUCAUCGGUUUCGGCUGGGGAUUCGGACUGUCAGUGGUUUUUGUUUUGUGAAUUACUGUGGUUUAUAGCUUUUCUUUUGGGGGUUUACUAAAUUCUUUAUUUUGAUCGUCGAGUGAUGGAGUCGCCGGAGAGGGGGAGGCCGGUGGCCGGAAUCGCUCUGGAGUUUCCGGCGAGCGACGGGGUUUUGUCGUGCUCGCCGCCGACUAUUCCGACCUGGCUCCGUAGGCGUCUGUCGGAGCCGAAAACACCGCCGCCUUCUACCGUUGAGGAAAUUCAGGCCAAACUUCGCGAAGCUGAUCUUCGGCGACAGAAGUUCUAUGAGAAUUUAGCAAGUAAAGCUAGGCCAAAGGUCCGAAGCCCUUCACGGUCUUCAUCUACUGAAGAUGAUCUUGGGCAGCGCCUAGAGGCUAAGCUCCUAGCUGCUGAAGAGAAAAGAUUGAGCAUCCUUGCAAAUGCUCAGAUGCGCCUUGCAAAACUUGAUGAACUGCGGCAAGCUGCUAAAAGUCAGGUGGAAAUGCGCUUCAAGAAGGAACGAGCUGAGUUGGGUUCCAAGGUUGAAAUGCGUGUUCAACAAGCAGAGGCCAAUAGACUGCAUAUCCUUCGGGCUAAUAGGCAAAGGAGGGCCACUCUUAGGGAGAGGACAUCUCAGUCUCUAAUGAGGCGAAUAUCUCGGGAGAGCAAGUACAAAGAACGAGUUUGUGCUGCAAUGUGCCAAAAGCGUGCAGAGGCUGAGAAAAAGCGACUGAGUUUACUAGAAGCAGAGAAGAGGCGAGCUCAUGCUAGAGGCUUAAAGGUGCAAACGGUGGCUAGCUCUGUUUCUCAGCAGCGAGAGAUCGAGAGAAGUGAACUGAAGAGUAAACUGGAAGACAGAUUGCAAAAGGCAAGGAGAUUGAGAGCAGAGUAUUUAAAGCAGAGAGGAAGACAAUAUAAUGCUGUUCUCUGUAGUUGGGAAACCAUUCAUGAGCAGGCUGACAUCCUUGCCAAAAAAUUACCUAGGUUCUGGAGGAAUUUCAAAAAGGUGAGAAAGACGACUGCAUAUCUUUCAAAAGCUUAUAGUGACUUGGAUAUUAAUGAGAGAUCAGUGAAGUCUAUGCCAUUUGAGCAGUUUGCGCUUCUUAUUCAGUCACCUGAUACUCUUCAUACAGCUAAAGCUUUGCUAGAUCGUCUUGAGAUUCGCCAUAGAUUAUCCCAAUCCUCUGCUAACCUAUCUGGUUUCGAUGACAUUGAUCACCUGCUCAAGCGGGUUGCUUCCCCAAAAAAGAAACUAGGAUCCAGAAAAGCUGUCUCGAGCAGAAUGCAAAAAGAGACUGCCAAAAGUACUCCUCACUUGUCAAGAUACCAAGUAAGAGUUGUUCUGUGUGCCUACAUGAUACUAGGGCAUCCAGACGCUGUCAUUAGUGGCCGGGGAGAGCGGGAAACAGCUUUGGUCAAUUCUGCUAAGAAAUUUGCGGAGGAGUUUGACUUGCUGAUGAAGAUACUGCUAAAUGGGCCAAUGCAGAUUCCUGAUAAGGAAUCUAACCGUGCAACAUUGUCUCGCAGGACUUUCAGAUUGCAGCUUGCAUCCUUUGAUUCUGCGUGGUGCUCCUUUCUGAAUAGUUUUGUGGUAUGGAAGGCCAAGGAUGCUAGGUCUCUAGAGGAGGAUUUGGUGAGGGCUGCUUGUCGUCUUGAGCUUUCUAUGAUUCAGACUUGCAAGAUGACCCCUGAUGGGGGUAGUGCUCCUCUCUCACAUGACAUGAGAGCUAUUCAAAAACAGGUAGCCGUAGAUCAGAUGCUUUUGAGAGAGAAAGUGCAACACCUGAGUGGAGAUGCUGGUAUCGAGCGCAUGGAAACUGCCAUUUCUGAUAAGCGGACCAAAUUUUUUGAAGCAAGGGAGAACCAGAGCUCAAUUACUCCACCGACUCCACUUAUGUUAUCCCCAAGUCCGGCUUCCUCCUCUUCUCUUGACAGCUCAGAUGAAGCUAGUAACUUGACUGUGGCCCCUCAUAAGGAAAGUUCUGUGGUGCGAUCUUUGUUCAAGGAUGAAGUCGAUGCGAUGGAGGUCGGUUCCUCUUUGUUAACGCAUAGAACCUUGCCGACUUCUAGAGGGAGCUUAGACAUGGAGAAUGCGAGGAUUGUGAAUGAAUAUGUUCAUGGGGCGCAUCUUGCUUUAACUGAUAGCUUCAGUGAUGCUGGCGGAGAUCAAAUCAUGGCAAAUAUAAAAGAGACGAUGGAGAAGGCCUUUUGGGAUGGCAUCAUUGAAUCUGUAAGACAGGAAGAACCUAACUAUAGCCGUGUAGUGGAAUUGAUGGGAGAGGUGAGGGACGAGAUUUGUGCAAUGGCCCCUCAUACCUGGAGACAAGAAAUUAUUGAGGUUAUUGACCUGCAAAUUCUUACUCAGGUGCUGAGUUCAGGAAAAUUAGACAUCAGUUAUUUUGGAAAGAUCCUGGACUAUGCCCUGAUCACCCUGCGAAAGCUAUCAGCUCCAGCUUAUGAAGAUGAACUGAAUAAAAAACACCAGAACUUUAUGAAAGAUCUGGCAGAGACAUUCUGGGCUGGAAAGAGCUCAGAGAACUCACAUAUCAUGGCCUUAAUUAAGGGCUUGCAAUUUGCCCUGGAACAGAUAAAGGAUCUCAAGCAAGAAAUCAGCAAAGCACGCAUCAGAUUGUUGGAGCCAGUCUUGAAGGGACCUGAAGCUUUGUAUUAUAUUGGAAGAGCUUUCACCAAUCGUUAUGGUCAUCCUUCCAAUGCCCGGACUGUUUUGCCCUUGACUGUGAGAUGGCUUUCAUCUACAAGGGAAGGCAAAGACGAGGAGUGGGAGGAGCACAAGAGUCUGGUCUCGGAGUUGAGGAGACAUGAGGUUUCGCCAAGUUAUCUUCCGUCGAUCACUCUUCGAACCGGAGGAAGUGCUUUAAUCAAAGUAGGAGGAAAUCAGACAGAUAAAUCUUCGAUCUCAAGCACUACCAGUUUUAUCGAGACCAUCGAUCCCAAUUUAGAAUGCAAAGGGGAGGAGAUUGAUUUGACGGUGAGGCUAGGCUUGCUGAAGUUGGUAAGCAGGAUUACUGGUUUGACCGAAGUUGAGCUACCAGAAACUAUGUUCCUUAACUUCUCCAGACUGAGAAGCGUACAGUCCCAAGUUCAAAAAAUCAUCGUCAUGGCCACGAGUCUUCUAGUCCUGCGGCAGACUCUAUUGACUCAGCAAAUAGUCAGCAGCCAGACACACAUGGAUACCUUACUUUCCGGCUGUUUUAAACGCCUCUCUGAAUGUCUUGACACUGUCGCAGACGCUGGUAUCCAAGAGAUAGUCGAGAUACUCGGCUCUGCUGUGGAGGAAGAUACCAGAUCAGCUGACAUGAAGCAGAUAAUGGCUAGGAUGUUGAGCAAGAGCCUGCAAGAGGGUGAUGCCAUCUUCACCAAAGUUUCUCGAGCGGUAUAUUUAGCCGCAAGAGGAGUCGUUCUUGGCGGAACUGGGAAACCAGGAGCAGAAUUAGCAGAAAUGGCACUGCAGAAAGUGGGGGCAUCCUUGCUCGUCGACGACAUCAUGCAAGCUGCGUCGGUGCUAGUGGUGGCAGCUAAGGUGUCUGUUAUUGUUCAUGGCCCUUGGUAUGCAAAUUUGACACAGGAGUGAACCCGCUGAGGGUUGUCUCUUGUGUGGUGUGUAUAUUAGUAUUGUAUCUCUUGAUGGUUUAGUUGAUUUGUACAGCUCAAGAAUGCCUCUAGGCCUAGGUUGGGGUGGGGGUGGGGUGGGUUAGUGCUAUUUGUUGAAAAAAUUAUGGACUAAAAUGUAUAUAUUUGGUGUAUAGUAUGUUGGGAUGAUCAUGAAUGAAUAACAAGUACUGUAUUUGGUGUA